AUGGCCGUCGCGAUCAACGACCGCACGGCGGAAUUCCGUCACAUUGUCAGCGCCGCGAAGCGCAAGCAAGUGGCAAAACCUGGAUCGCAGAGACUCCUCGGCAGCAGUCAACAAAGCGCCGCCAACGACGAUGUCAAACCCAAGCGCUCAGAGUUUGCGCGGAGUGCGGCAGAAAUCGGCAGAGGAAUCUCGGCUACUAUGGGCAAACUGCAAAAGCUGGCUCAGCUGGCCAAGAAGCGAUCCCUCUUUGACGACAACCCGGUCGAGGUGAACGAGUUGACCUUCAUCAUCAAGCAAGAUCUGUCCCGCCUCAACGAGGAUAUCCGAAAUCUCCAGGCCCUUUCCAGACGGCUGCACCCAAAACCGGACCAAGAGGGUGAGAACAACAAGAACAUUUUGCUUCUCUUGCAGGGCAAGUUGGGGGAUGUCAGCGCGAACUUCAAGGACGUGUUGGAGAUCAGAACCAAGAACAUCCAGGCCUCGAGGUCAAGGACCGAGGCAUUUGUCUCUAACGUCGGGCAACAUGCGCAGCUUUCCUUGCAGCAAUCUGCCUCCCCGCUAUACGGCACGCCAAACCGGGGGACACCAUCACCGGGGAAUGACUUGAUUUCUCUGAACCCAGUGGUAGACCAGCAGAUGCAGCUCCAGAUGAUGGAGGAGGGUGGCCAGAACAACUACAUUCAGCAAAGAGGGCAAGCCAUCGAAGCCAUUGAAUCUACCAUCAACGAACUGGGGUCCAUCUUCGGUCAACUAGCUGGCAUGGUCAGCGAACAAUCAGAGAUGAUUCAAAGAAUCGAUGCCAACACAGAGGACGUCGUGGACAAUGUUGAGGGCGCACAGAAAGAGCUUCUCAAGUACUGGUCACGAGUCAGCAGCAACAGGUGGUUGUUAGCCAAGAUGUUUGGCGUUCUUAUGAUAUUCUUCCUGCUCUGGGUGUUGAUCGCCGGGUAG